CAUAUUUCUUCCAUAUCAUAGAAGGGCGAAAGACGCAGUACCCCAUGAGGACUGGAUGCAUCAAUUACCACAAUGUAUGGAUAACCUUGUCUUUGUCGCUGGCUGAAUGUUGCUUGUCGCCCCGAGACUUCAACGCCAUCUUCAGAGGUUCGUAGUGAACGAUCGCCGCAAUCAUCCGCUCCGUUUAAGCAGAGGAUAUUUUAUUUCGUGUUUGUCUUCGUUUUUCCCUUUCUGUGAUCAAACCAAACUACAUGUAUUUACACUUCAUGUAACUUUUACCAGUUUACGAUUACGUGAUUAGGCUGCUCAGCGGGGCUUCCGAUCGGGAGGUCGUCGAAUGUAGAACGGAACAGCAUUUACUCGGACACUAAACGUCAAAUUUCUGUUAACGACAGUCCUAAUAAGUAAGGAAGGACGAGUUAGUCUACGGCUUUGUUACCCCAAGGACGCGCAUUGUAAAGUUCCCUUCGAGCUGGGCAUUUGAAGAUUUCCCUUGGAAAUUAUAAGGUGUUCAGUCGUAGUCGUGUCUUGAACAGAGAUUCCCCACACGUAUACCUUCAAAAAUGUAAAGGGCUUUGGAAACACACGGCGGGAAGUCUGACGGGUCAUCUUCGCCAGUACUUAUCCACGACCGAGGAUAUUUUGAUGCUAUUGCGAGGAUACUCCUGGAAUAUUUUGCCAGUUACUGAUACUGUCACAAACUUUCAAUAGGUGAGAUGGCGACGAGGACGUUCAGCCGUCCUAGCAUUUCCAAAUCAUUACCGAUGACCUCAGCAGAAAAGAUGCGAACGGAUCCAGCGCAUCCGAUAACCCGGUCAACCCCCAGCAACCUCAGGCGACAAACAUCAAAUGCUACAGAAAAACUCUUGGAUGUGAGGCGUGGCAGUGAUUGGCAGAAGAUGCACUCAAGUCGAUCACGUGGUUCCUUAGCAUCUGUGACGUCAGAAUCGAGCGAAAGCGGUCGUCUGAUGAUUGGAAGGAGGAGAAGUCGGGAGCGGGCGAAAGUGCGGUUCAGAUCCAUUGUCCGAUUGACAAUGGGUUGUUCCCGCCUCAUUCACGCUUACUCUCUCAGGUUUCGUGAGGACGAUGAGUUGACCCCGUUCAUUCAACAACUGACCUUCCGAGAUUACGAGGAUGAGGCUGACGACGAAAUCGGACUCCUUUUUGAUCCGACCAAGUUCAAAGCUAACCAACAGCUUCGCAUCCCUGAUGAAACUAAAAAAAUAUUAUCAAAGCCUCCAGAGGAAAGGACGGAUAGGGAUUUAUACAACGUACAGAUAGCUCUACGGAAUAUCAAGUCCAUAUCAGAGUACCCCGUUCGAAUGCAGCGCCUCAUUGCAGAGAAUGGUGUCUAUUACAAGUAUGGCGCAAAACGGAUCGUAGUCAGGCAGGGCCAUCCAGCAACUGGCUUCUAUUUUAUACUUUCUGGUUCAGUUGUUGUGAUGAUAAUGGACAAAGAAAACAAGUAUGCCCGCCCAGUUGCUUACCUCUCAAAAGGAAUGACAUUCGGUGAGCUUGCUAUUAUCAACCGAACGACCCGACAGUCAAGUGUGAUAGCCAAGGAAACAUUGGAGUUACUUUGUAUAUCGAUAGACGACUUCCAUCGCAUAUUCAUGGAUGGUGGCGUGAAGAACAUCAACGACCCUGAUCACAAUGACUUCAUCAACAGCAUUGGAUUCCUGAGAGGAUGGCCUGUCGAAAUAAUGAACGAGAACCCAAAGAAAUGUAUUUUCAAUUACUUCAAGGAGGGCGAAGUGCUGGUGAAAGACAGUAAUUACUCCAAUUGGAUAUACAUUGUGAAAUCAGGUAGUCUGAAUGUGCUAAAGAGACUAAAGAAAGUAAGCCCGUUCGAGGUUCCGCGCUCGGGUUCCCCCAACCCGGGGUCAAAGGAGCAACCCGAGAUCAAAACCGCUAAAGAGAUAAGAGAGGAGAAGGACCGGGUCGUAAUGGACCGAAAAUUUAUUCUGUCUGAGAUUAAAAUACCGAUGCGGCAGCCGACUGAGAUCUUUGAGUUUGAAUCAAAAUCUCUCCCUCAAAUCCGUCUGAUCGGGUUGACGUCAACAACCCCCGCGUUCUCGCUCACGACACCCCAGGGCGAGACAUCGGAGAAAUACAUCCGCCACAAGCAGACGAUACUUCCAACUAUUGCCGAGUCGAAUGGAAUGUUCCGAAGUCAGACGCAAGCGCACGUGACAAGCUCCAGUGUGGGGUUAAAGUUCAAGAAAAGAAUUAAGUCGGUUCCGUCAGGGUCAUUCAGGGUAUCUCAUUCGAUGAGAUCCUCGCCUUCUCCAAAGGGAAAGAAAAGAACAACAAGACGAGUGAAUACGUCCCCAGGAGGACAGUCAUCGGAAGAAGAUGAUGCGGACGACGAAAUCACCAAGGAAAUGAUGGGGUUCAAGCAGACGAUCCGAACAAUAACCGACGACAUUGAUGCCAGCUUCAAUCUGAAGGAAACUAAGGACAUGACGGAAGCUGAUCUCAACCCACAAUAUGUUCAUCUUCAUACUCUGACAAAGGGACAAGUAUUCGGCGUCAGUCAACUUCUAUUGGGUGCCCAGCCAAGUCUAUGCGUGGUCAGUAACGGUGCUGAGUGUAUUCUCAUUGACAAACAGUUUUAUCUUCACAACGCUUCUACAGAUUUGAAGCAGCGGUUACAACAGGAGCUAUGCCCUUACCCCAGCGAUGCGUCGCUACAAGACAGCCUUCAGCACACUGUGGAUUGGCGGGCAUUCAGACAGGAUACAGUUCAAAAAACCUUGAUAGACAUCGAAACUAAACGGUUAUCUAAGCUACAGAAGAUUCCGCAGAAAGUAUGAGAAAUUCGUGAAAAGAUAAAAAGAAAUCGUCUCGUGGAUUUCACGAGACGUUCAAUUCUUGCUAUGUUACUACCGAUAAGAAGAGGCGGAGAUAUACAUUUAUGAUAUGUAAAGUAGCCCCGAUUAUUUGGAUUGACAUAUUAUGCGUUUUCUCUGAAUAUCAUUGAAGAAUGCGUGACAGAAGUACAGAUGUUGCAUUCCUCCUGCGAGGUGUCCAACUGGGAAAGAUGAAUUGAAAACGACACGUCUCCUGCUGAUUGAUGCAACAAAUGUCAGAAAUGCUAUUGGAUGGAUUUGUGACACGUGAAUCUUACAUGUAUAUUCUAGUUACAGUGGUGAGCUUGAUUCGGAAUGCUACAAGUUGCAGUGAUAUAAAUUUGUAUUGAGGUGAUCCUUUUCAGGUCGUAUACAUAUGUAUUGCUAACUUCGAUGUUUAAUUCUUCAAACAGAGUCUUUAAGACUGCUGCAGAUCAGUAACCAAAUUUCCUGACUGCAGAAUGAUAAAGCAUGCAGGGUAAGGUCACACAGCGUGCAUUUGUCAGCAGCUGUUGACAGACGUUUUAAAAGCGCAUUGCGCGUAUUCCUGUUUAUCUCGUCGUCAUUGAAAUUUAGUACAUGGAAACUUUUGUAAACUGUUCGAGAGAUGUUGUCUAUUUAAUUCAAUGCCACAUCAAGUGUGUUACUUGUAUUUGAACCUGUGUUAUCUGAGCAUAGAAUCACAUUGGUCCCUGAUGCCGGCAUUACCGGCCUUGCCUAUACAUUAGUCAACCGAUUUCCCGUGGUGGCAACAAAAUUGCUCAGGGCUCCAAAAUAAAAAAUGAAUCAGAAUUAGAUGUCAAGAAAAUGUUUUGACCGUUUUCAAUGAUUGCUGCGCUGGAGGAUAAUGUAGAUAAAGUAGUUAUGUGUAGUAACCGGGCCAUUUCGAAAUUAUCUGAAUUGGCGGUGGGCGUUGUUCUUCAAGAAGUCGUGAGGAAGAUGUUUGACUGAUCGAUCGAACGCCACGUACAUCUCCUAUCGUCCGCUGUUGGCGCCUAAACAAGAGAAGCCCGCUGCAUCUGUCGCCAGCGUCACAGGCUUUCUUACCAUUGUCAUGUUGCAAAGCUGCCGCCAGGGGAUAUUCGAAACCAUCAUCCAUUGUCUGAUAUUGAUAAUUUGCGUCACUUUCCAGCAAAUGUUACCAUGGUAUGACAAUAGAGUAUUGAUCUGAUCCGCC